GGCGCACCAUGGCUUUCUCCCAGGUGCAGUGUCUGGACGACAGCCACGUCAACUGGCGCUCCAGCGAGGCCAAGCCCGAGUUCUUCUACAGCGAGGAGCAGCGGCUGGCGCUGGAGGCGCUGGUGGCCGACGGGCCCGACGCCUUCUACGAGGUGCUCAAGCGGGAGAAGAUCAGGGACUUCCUCUCGGAGCUGGAGCUCCAGCGCAUCCUGGACACCAUCGAGGUGUACGACCCCGGUUCCGAGGACCCCAGAGCCCCGGGCCGCACGCGGGGGCCUGAGCAGGAAGAGGAGGAGGAGGACUGUGCGGGUGAGGAGGAGGAGGAGGCGGCCCGAGGGGGAGAAGGCGCCCCCCAGGAGGCUGAGCCCCCACCCUCGCUGGAGUACUGGCCCCAGAAGUCAGACCGCUCCAUCCCUCAGCUGGACCUGGGCUGGCCCGACACCAUCGCCUACCGCGGGGUGACCCGGGCCAGCGUCUACAUGCAGCCGCCCAUCGACGGACAGGCCCACAUCAAGGAGGUGGUGCGCAAGAUGAUCAGCCAGGCGCAGAAGGUGAUAGCUGUGGUCAUGGACAUGUUCACCGAUGUGGAUAUCUUCAAGGACCUGCUGGAUGCCGGCUUCAAGAGGAAGGUGGCUGUUUACAUCAUCGUGGACGAAAGCAAUGUCAAGUACUUCCUGCACAUGUGCGAGCGGGCCCGCAUGCACCUGGGGCACCUAAAGAACCUCAGGGUACGGAGCAGUGGGGGAACUGAGUUCUUCACUCGGUCGGCCACCAAGUUCAAGGGCACCCUGGCCCAGAAGUUCAUGUUUGUGGAUGGAGACCGGGCCAUCUGCGGCUCCUACAGCUUCACGUGGUCAGCUGCAAGGACGGACCGGAAUGUUAUCUCAGUGCUGUCCGGUCAGGUGGUAGAGAUGUUCGAUCGGCAGUUCCAGGAGCUCUACCUCAUGUCGCAUGGUGUCAGCCUCAAGGGUGUCCCCAUGGAAAAGGAGCCCGAGCCCGAACCCAUCGUGCUGCCUUCCGUAGUCCCAAUGGUACCCUCAGGUACCGUGGCCAAAAAGCUGGUCAACCCCAAGUAUGCUCUGGUCAAGGCCAAAAGUGCCGACGAAAUUGCCAAGUCAUCCUCUGAGAAGCAGGAGGUCAAGAGACCCCCAGUGCUGGCCGAGCGUCCAGGAGAUCUGCUGGAACCGCCCACACUAAUCCACCCAGGGCUGCUCAACCUAGAACGCGCCAACAUGUUCGAAUAUCUACCCACAUGGGUGGAGCCCGACCCAGAGCCCGGCAGUGACAUCCUGGGCUACAUCAACAUCAUUGACCCCAACAUCUGGAACCCUCAGCCCAGCCAGAUGAACCGCAUCAAGAUCAGGGACUCAUCCCAGAAUGGCACCCAGCUGUGGAAGCAGAACCGGGACAGUGGCCCCAGCCCUGUGCCCAGUGCCCCCCAGGAUGGGGUCCCAGCUGAGAACGGCCUUCCCCAGGGUGACCCUGAGCCAAAGACCCCCAUACCCAAGCCCCGGACAGUCCCUGUGGCAGACGUGCUGGUCCAGGACAGCAGCAAUGCUGGCUGGGCCCUGGAAAGUCCGGAAGACAAGGUAUCCCAGAAUGGAACAGACCACGGGUCACCCCUGUCAGCAGGCCCCAGCCAUGCCCCCCUCCAGCGGCAGCUGUCUAUGACCCAGGAAAACCCUAGCAGUGGGGGGGACGUGGUCCCUAAUGGACUGGAUGGGGAGGAGGAGGAGGAAGACGACGAUUAUGUGACCCUCAGUGACCAGGACAGCCUCUCGGGCAGUUCCAGCCUUGGUCCUGGCCCACGGCGGCCCUCACUGGCCUCCUCUUCCGUGUCCGACGAGUAUUUUGAGGUGAGGGAUAGCGCAGGCCCACCCCGGCGGCGCCACUCAGAACAGGUAGCCAAUGGGCCCGCCCACCUGGCCCGCCGACAGCUCAGUGCCCCCCACAUGACCCGAGGAACCUUUGGCGGGCCCCUAGGUGGCUCCCCGUGGGCCCAGGGCCAAGAGCAAGAUGAGACGAGCACUUCGAGGAGGAUGCGGACCCCACGCUCUGCCUACAAGGAAUCACAGGGCCAGCAACUUCGUCAGUACGGAAUAUCUGCCUCGGGGACCCGUGAUAAAGAGGGAUUCCCACGACCGCUCAGGACCCCAGGAACCCCACGGUUCCGUCCCGCUGCUGACCGCGCCCAGGGCUCUGUCAGGAAAAUGGGUCCAACCCUGGCAGGUCCCCCGCACUGGCCAGCCAAGGGUAGCCCCAUGUCCCGCACACUACAGGAUCCAGGGAGCCCACGGCCAGCCCGCAGUGCCAACCCCCUGGCUGACGGCCAGACCCCUGACAGGCACCCGAGUCCUUUUGGAAUCCCAUUCUCCAAACUGUCCCAGUCGAAGCACUUGAAGGCCAGGACAGGUGGUGGCCAGUGGGCCUCUGAUUCCAAGAGGAGGACCCCAGCCCCCAGGGACCCCAAGGACCCCUAGCAGCCUGUCCCCAGCCUCCUUCCUAUAUCCCCAAACAGCUGUUCUCAGUGGGGCUGCCCGGAACCUCCAGGACCCAGC